GAUGGCGGGAUUAAGACGGGAAUGAGAGUGAGACGGGAAGGCUUUCCUGCCGCUCUUGAGCCCCGGAGAGGGCUAGGUGGCCGGGCUUUGGGGUGUGUGCCCUGAGGCCGCGGAGCGCGAGUGGGACAAUGCGAGAGCUGCCCGGGGCCCCGUCCCCUGGGCUGGGGACGCGCCGAAUGUGAUCGCCUCCCGCUCCCUCACCCGCCGCGGGGAGGAGGAGCGGACCAGACGCCGCCGCCGGACGACUGGACGCGGAGGCGGCCGGGCUCCCUCAGGUUGAAGUGUUGUGUAAGCUGCAUCAAUGGAGCACAUACAGGGGGCCUGGAAGACGAUCAGCAAUGGUUUUGGAUUCAAAGACACGGUGUUUGAUGGCACCAGCUGCAUCUCCCCUACAAUAGUUCAGCAAUUUGGCUAUCAGCGUCGGGCAUCAGAUGAUGGCAAACUUACGGACCCUUCUAAGACAAGCAACACUAUCCGUGUGUUUUUGCCAAACAAACAAAGAACAGUGGUCAAUGUGCGGAAUGGAAUGAGCUUGCAUGACUGCCUUAUGAAAGCUCUCAAGGUGAGGGGUCUGCAACCAGAGUGCUGUGCAGUGUUCAGACUUCUCCACGAACACAAGGGUAAAAAAGCACGGUUAGAUUGGAAUACUGAUGCUGCCUCAUUGAUCGGAGAGGAACUUCAAGUGGAUUUCCUGGAUCAUGUUCCCCUCACAACACACAACUUUGCUUGGAAAACCUUCCUGAAGCUUGCCUUCUGUGACAUCUGUCAGAAGUUCUUGCUAAAUGGAUUUAGAUGUCAGACUUGUGGCUACAAGUUUCACGAGCAUUGUAGCACCAAAGUACCCACUAUGUGUGUGGACUGGAGUAAUAUCAGACAGCUCUUUUCCCAGCACAGAUGCUCCACACCCCACGCUUUCACAUUCAACACCUCCAGCCCCUCCUCUGAAGGUUCGCUCUCCCAGAGGCAGAGGUCGACGUCCACACCUAACGUCCACAUGGUCAGCACCACUCUGCCUGUGGACAACAGGAUGAUUGAGGAUGCAAUUCGAAGUCACAGUGAAUCAGGCUCCCCUUCAGCCUUGUCCAGCAGCCCCAACAAUCUGAGCCCGACAGGCUGGUCACAGCCCAAAACCCCUGCGCCGGCACAGAGAGAGCGGGCGCCGAGCUCCAGCACCCAGGAGAAGAACAAAAUUAGGCCUCGUGGACAGAGAGAUUCGAGUUAUUACUGGGAGAUAGAAGCCAGUGAAGUGAUGCUGUCCACUCGGAUUGGGUCAGGCUCCUUUGGGACUGUUUAUAAGGGCAAGUGGCAUGGAGACGUUGCAGUAAAGAUUCUGAAGGUCGUGGACCCCACCCCAGAGCAGUUCCAGGCCUUCAGGAACGAGGUGGCUGUCCUCCGCAAAACCCGGCACGUGAACAUCCUGCUCUUUAUGGGCUACAUGACGAAGGAGAACCUGGCCAUCGUGACGCAGUGGUGUGAGGGCAGCAGCCUCUACAAGCACCUGCACGUCCAGGAGACCAAGUUCCAGAUGUUCCAGCUGAUCGACAUCGCCCGGCAGACGGCUCAGGGAAUGGACUAUUUGCAUGCAAAGAACAUCAUCCACAGAGACAUGAAAUCCAACAAUAUAUUUCUCCACGAAGGCCUGACGGUGAAAAUCGGCGAUUUUGGAUUGGCCACGGUGAAGUCGCGCUGGAGUGGUUCUCAGCAGGUCGAGCAGCCCACCGGCUCCAUCCUGUGGAUGGCCCCAGAGGUGAUCCGGAUGCAGGACAACAACCCGUUCAGCUUCCAGUCCGACGUCUACUCCUACGGCAUCGUCCUGUAUGAGCUCAUGACGGGGGAGCUCCCCUACUCCCACAUCAACAACCGUGACCAGAUCAUCUUCACGGUGGGCCGCGGCUACGCCUCCCCAGACCUCAGCAAGCUCUACAAGAACUGCCCCAAAGCCAUGAAGAGGCUGGUAGCCGACUGUGUGAAGAAAGUGAAGGAAGAGAGGCCUCUCUUUCCCCAGAUCCUGUCUUCCAUCGAGCUGCUCCAGCACUCUCUGCCCAAGAUCAACCGGAGUGCCUCGGAGCCCUCCUUGCACCGGGCAGCCCACACCGAGGACAUCAACGCCUGCACGCUGACCACGUCCCCUCGGCUGCCCGUCUUCUAGUGGCCCCGCGCCUGGGCUGCUGGCGGGAAGAGUGGUCAGCAGGCACCACCAUCUGUUCCCUUUCUGUGGGGACGGAGCUGGUCUUCCGAGAAGCUGCUGCUAAGGACCUUCUACACCACUCAACAGGGCCUUAACUUCACGUUGCCUUUUCUGCCCUUUCUGUCCAGGGAGGAGGAAGCCAUUCGCCAGCUGGUUUGCCCUGCUCCCCCAGCGGCCCCCGAGCUCAUGAGCCAACCUCCUCCAGACGCACCCGUGGCUGCUGAUGGUCACACACUGGGCCCAGCUGUCAGCUGCAGGAGUGUCUUUGGGGCAACAAACGUGCUCAGAGGGGAAAUGAAGGUGGCAGGCAAACCAGCCGUGACGUGGGACGUGUGGAUUCUCUAAGUCAGCUUCUAGGAGGGACGCUAUCACAGAAGGACUUCUCUGCAGAUACCUGGUGUGGCGGCAAACAGGUAGUUUUGCACAUAAUGCACCGAACGGCCCAGGGCUGUUGGGACCGCGGCGGCCUGGACGAGCCCGCUUUGGUACUAGGGACUUGACUCGGGGACAUGUCCUUUUCCUGACGGGCUCCAGCGCUGGGCUUGGUGACCGGAGGCGCUGGGCCUCCCCGCCCCGGGGAGCAGUCCUCAGCCUGCCGAGUUGUCUUCCAGGAGCGGCCCCUGUGGGGCGGGGCCUGGCCAGCCUUGUCUCUGCAUCACAUCGUGUGCAAGGAAGCCAGGAACACAGGUUUUCUUGAUAAUUUGGGUUUAAUUUUGUUUUUAUGUGCCUGACAAAACACAGUUAUUCAAUUAUGUUAUUUUAAUAAAAUAAAUUAAAUGUAAAAAAAAAAAA